GAAUAUUUUGGUGUAUUGUGGGUACGAAGAUUUCCGGUCUCCAUUUCUUUCAGCUGGAUAUAAUGCCGCGACCACAGACCAUACAAAACAUGCGUUGUUUUUAAUUUGUACGUUUAUCACGGCUUUCUUUAAUUUUAUUUCGCGAGGCAGCUUAAUGUUGCAUCCUGCAUGUAGUGGAUCGUAUUUGUUUACAUUGACUGUGAAAUCAAGUAUGCGUAACAGUACCCAGCCACUAUCACGUUCUUGAAAUUCUUCCAAAGAUGCCAAAGUAGGUUCGAUGACGUGUUGCUCGUACCAUUUUUCCAAAUCUAAAGCAGAAAAUAGUUCACUGUUUCUCGUGUUAAUGCUUUUGAAUGCAUGAUUGUCGCCUGCGAUAAACUCGCCAUUGAACACAGUGUUCACCUUAAAAUUGCCGUGGCUCUCCAUAGCACUUCGCACGUGCUCGAGCACUGUACUCUUCGCAUCUUGGAGAAAUCGAAGAGGUUCGAUAUGGUUCACGUUAAUAACUGCGCCGGUUGAUAUGCGGCUUUCGAACGCUGUAUCAAUUUCUCUCCAUACCAAUUCUGCAUCUCUUGAUGCGUGUCCAGUACCCACGUGUAUGAAGCGUUCUUGUACAGAAAUUUUCAGUCCCUCGAGUCGUGCAAUACGAGUCACCACUGAUUGCGCGGCGCCAAUCAACAAUCGCGGUCAUCUUGCUCGACUUUGUUCUUCCAAACAUCUGAUACACUUGUCAAACUUUUGCACUCAUGCGUCGUUAGUAUCUCGCGAAUUCAGACGAGUGGAUUGCUUCAACAGUUCUCGUUCGGUUUGAGUGAAGUCUUCCAUUUCUUUAUUAACUACAGAGAAUAUUCUGCUCUUUGGAAUUCUUUACUUUAUAUUCUCUCCAUUAGAAAACACAUUCGGACAUGCGCGAGUCAAAUGACAACCGUGAAAGAAGGAGGGUGUAUUAGACAAUGGGACACCGUGCGGUUGGAGCCUGCUUCUUAUUUCAUUCCGAAGAGAGAAAAAAUAUCGUAAGCGCUAAACCGGGAAUUGAACUCGGGUCUCUCCGCUUGCAGGGCGACUGCUCUAAACCCAUUGAGCUACCUGACGCUCCAUGGUCAAGACACUUUCCUCUCCCCUGAUAUCGUUAAAAGAUGUUGUUCGGAAGCGACAUCUCUAAUGCUAUCCCGAGUCUAAACCAAAGAUAGCUGUAUCUUAUUUACUUUCCUGUUUUGAAGAAUGUAUCUACGCAUGCGCUGCAGCUCCGAAGAGUAAGAGAAGGGAUGCCUUAUAGUAACUAUAAUAUUAGGCUUCGGAAAAAAACUUCUGUCUCUCAGUCGCUCUGUGAACACGAGAUUCAUCGGUUGUGUGUUUAUAUAGUAAAGUUUGGGUGUGUCUACAUAGUAAAAAUAUAUGCUGCCGGUGCUGAAGUUAACGCUAAACACGCAAAUUAUUACAUGCCUGCUCAACAUGAGGACGAGGCUCCACCGAGCAAGAAAAUGUGCGAGAGCGUUCCACGACCUCCUGCUAUGCAUAACUUAGGACGCCGAUAUGCUUUGACUGCAACUGCUUAUAAAUAUUUGAAUAUCGGAAUCAGCGUAGGAGCUGAACCCGUCAUAGACAUAGUCAUUGAUGAUAAUCGUGGCAAACAACUGCUAUUGCCGAUCAAAACUUGGAAUGCGCUAAUGGGGUAACGUGCUGACAUCCAAAGAUUUCUGCAGGCCAAUUUUUAUAAGUCAUCUCCCCCGAUGCGUAUAGAAGAAUUAACAAUAACGUCAUGUAAGAUGUACGUCAUGUAAAUUGUGAAACUCACAAUUUUUAAUAAUUGCUUAUAUAUAACGCCAGAUACGUUAAAUGUAUUAUUUACAUUUGAAAAUUGCAUCAAUCACAUGUAUGGAUGGUUAUCAGAAAAUAUCUAUAUAGUUAGUGUAAAAUUCAAAAGUGUAAAUAUUCUUCGUGAAAAGAAGAAUUAUAUUACUAAUAUACAUACUGCAACAAAAACAAUACAAGAAAGCAGCGAUUUUGACCGCGAGUCGCUCAUUGAUUGUGAAUUGUUAGCAUGCGCUGUAAAAAAUAUAAUGUAUGAAGCCGUGAACAAAUAAAUGAUAUU